AUGAAGCUCACCAUUGCCUUCGCCCUGGUCACCCUGACUCUCUUCUGCAGACCUGCAUCCACAGAGGUGUGCCCCAGCCUUCUGUAUGCCUUGGGAAACCUCCUCAUAGGCAUGCCUUCCAGCUACGAGGCUGCCCUGGAACCUUUGAGCCCUGACAAAGACAUGAAAGAAGCAACAAGACAGCUGAAGGCGCUGAUAGACACCCUCUCCCCGAAGACCAAGGACAGCGUGUUACAGCGCAUGGGAAAAAUAGUACAAAGCCCAGAGUGUGCUUAG